ACCAACUGUGAUAACUUGGGUUAGGAAAAUUUUAUUGAAGCGCUAAUGUCUGUGAGAAUUGAUGCGUUAAGAGCCCCUCGUCACGGCGCGCGUGUAACUUAAUUAACUCUUCUGUGAUUGGUUGAGAGAACAGUAUAAUGUACACUGACAAAGAGGCCACAUGUCCUUUUGUGUCGUGCUCAAUAAUUUAAAAUGCAUUUGAAAACGCGGUCAUUUUAUAUGCUGAUUGCUCAACGCGGUAGUUGAGGACAAAGCACUGUACAGUAAACAAAGCACGCGGUGACACACGACAGUUGACUAGAAACGGCGCCAAAACUGCACUGCCGUAACUUUGUUUCGUAGGAAGACUCACGUAACGCUUGCUCUCGAAAAUUUGCGGUAUUUUGCAGCUGCAACAAUUUGCUGACAAAUUAUAUACAUAGCUUUGAAACAAAUUAUAUAGCAUUGACGGAAGAAGUUAGGAUGGGUGAUGAAAUGUUGACGUUGUUUUACGAUAAAGAGAUCUUGAGCUACACGAAAGCUGCAGAAGGAAAGAAUAUCUCAGAAUACGAAAAAGAAGCAGAGUUUCGACUAUUUCGAGAUUAUUUCGGCCUCAUCCAUUUGAUUCAGAGCUGCGAGGCUGGAGCUGCUGCUACUCAGCAGCGUGGAUACGGAGAAAUGUUAGGAUAUUCGACAGAAAGGAAUAGAUUGGAUAGCGUUGAUUCUGAUAUAUGGAGCGAUACAUCAAGCGGAGGUCGUGAUUUUGAUACAUCAUUGGACGGUGUGCAACAAAGUUCAACUGUACCUCAAACCAGCCCUUCACUAGCACCAGGGUUCUCCCCAUCGAGAAAUAUAAUCUUACGAGACGGGGCUGAUACAGCAUUGCGAGGGCGUCCUGUAUUGGCAGAAGUUAGCAAAAUUGCCGUGGGAAGACGUAAUCAAAAUGUUUGUGUGUUUUGUCGUAACAACGGUGAAAGCAAGAAGGUUUACUCGAGUCAUGUCCUGAAGGAUCCGCAAGGCAACACCGUGUGCCCAAUUCUACGAGCCUAUACCUGUCCACUGUGCAAGGCAAGCGGUGAUGAAUCGCACACCAUCAAAUAUUGCCCUAAAAACAAGAAUAACCGUUUGGACAAAUAAGCAGAGGAACUUAUAUCUUGUGCGAACUACAAUGAAUAUUGUGCAACUUAGACAAUAUAUUCUGAACGCCAUUGAAAUGUAUAUAGAGUAAGUUAUUUGCGAUAGUGUCAUGAUUGCUAGCACGACUCAGUAUGUUUAUAGUGUGAUUUGAUCCUAGCAACAAGAAUCGCGCGACCGUAACCGUUAAAUUUCAAGUAGUAUAAUUUCAUGUUGAAAGUUAUUAUUAAUGGCUUUCGCUAUUAGGAAAAUUACUAGCCGUUAUGACCUUAGCAACCGACACGAAACCUUUAGUAAGGAUGUGAGGUUAAGAUUUUUUCUAUCUUGCACGGUGUGUUAGGUUAAAUAUAAAGCAAGCAAGCAAGCGUAGCAUUUCGACUUUUACGCGUUUCAAGACUUGGCGAGGAUAAUAUUUUCAUUCAAAGCUAAAUUUCCAAUUCUGCACUGUUAUAUAGCCGUGCAUAUAACCAGAUAUAUCUAUUUAAUUCAAAAUUUUUAAUUUCCGUAAAAAAAUCAGAUAAGGACCCAAGUUUUUAAUGCGAAUAAAUUGCAUGGGUUCACUAGUCUAUAUAUAUAUACGCGGGACUCAAAAUGUAGCAGUUUUUAUUAAUAUUUAGGGUGUCUAAGUAUACAAUAAUUUGACCAGUUUAUAGGAAGUAAUCCAAAGAUGUUAUAUAUCAUCCUUUUGUAUCAAAAAUUUUAUAUAUAGCCUAUGUAAUUGCAUGCGAUGAAUUCAGAGUGUGAAACUGAUGCGAAUUAAAUCAUUUUUAUUUUCUAGAAUGACGUAGUUAAAAAACAGAUCAAAAAUCUAAUUUUUGCAAUAAUCGCGUUGCAUGACUCCAUGCAUGCAUAUAUACGUGAGAUAUAUAUAUAAUAUAGUCGUAUAUUACAGUUGUGUUGCUGUGGAUAAUAUUGACAAUAUAAACAGCGUUUAAAUUCUUGA